AUGAUCUCGACUUUGCGAUGGGAAUGCGCUGAGUUGGCCAUCGAGUGGGACUGGAGCGAACGCGAUGCGAUUCGUACUGAGCUGCUGCGGUGCGCGCCGAUCAUAUUCAAAGAGUGUGCAAUCGGCGUCGAUUCAGCGAUCAGGCAGCACAGCAUGACCUACACCACGCAUGUUAUCACCCACCCACAGUCCUGGUUCGUAAUGCAAAUUUUCACUGUGCAUCACAGCUACGAGCAGCAAAUCGCGAUAUCAGCAUUCGGAUUGUACAGCUUGUUCCAUAUCGUAAAUAAGAGGAAUUUUGCAUGGCUUGCAGCCAAUGGGCCUGAGUGGCAAGGCCAUGUCAGUGAGAAGGAGACGGGCGGCGUGACUGUUUCCGGGGUACUGGACGUUCUGGCCGCCGUCAGCCGUGACGUUCCGAAUGGAAUAUUCAGCUUCAGCUCCUCUAAUGCGCUAGGACACCGACAGCAUAACUUAGCAGAUCUACCCUGCCAGUUGAAAGCUAUCGUGAUCACAAUCGGUCACCGAAACGCAAUGAGAGGAGAUGGCUUCAGCUGA